CGAGCACUCCAGCAGAUCCAGCAGCGACGAAGACUCGUCCAUGUCGGCGGAGAGGUCAGGAAGCCCCUGGAUCGACAUCAAUGAGACUCCACAAGAAGGAGCGAGACGGAGAGACGGAGAGAGAAGAAAGAAAAGAGAGAGAGGAGGAAGGGGAAGGAGCGAUGGAGGAGCCUGCAGACACACCAACAUGCAGCCAAAGUGGAGGCUGAGACACAACUUGGACUGUGUGGAGUAAAAAAAAAAAAGUAGCAGAGAGACAGUCCCACGGCGAUGCUUAUCCGACACCACGCUAGAGACUGAUCACCGAUCAUCACCCAGGACUGAUCAGCCGUCAGCGGAUCACCGCAGAGCGCACAGCGGAGAAACCAAACCAGCGUGCCCCCCUCUCUGAGCUCCAGGAAGAAGACGCAAACAUGUCAGAGAGGAGAGGUCAGAAGAAGUCCGUCUUUCUGUCGUCAUUAUUAGUGUGUUGUAUGUUUGCUAGUGCGGAAUAUUCCAGCUGUGGAGAGUACGAAUUCUUCAACCAGACCAGUAACAGCUGCCAGGCCUGCCCUCAGUGCCAACCAGGCCAAGAGCCACAUAUGACCUGUGGCUACGGUGUGAAGGAUGAAGACUUUGCCUGUGUGCCGUGCCCACAGGGGAAAUACUCCAAAGGAAAGUAUGAGAUCUGCAGACGGCAUAAAGACUGUGACGCCCUCUACAAAGCCUCUGUACGCAUAGCAGGGACGCCGGACAGUGAUGCGGAAUGCGGACCUUGUUUACCAGGGUAUUACAUGCUGGAAAACAGACCCAAGAACAUCUAUGGGAUGGUUUGCCACUCCUGCCAGAACGCACCACGUAACACCAAAGAAUGUAUGUCAAACGGGCAAAAAGACAAACCUCUAAUUGACCCUGGCAGCACAACAGUGUUCCCUCAUCCACACAAAGAUUCCACCGGACAAGGUCACCUAGCAACCGCUCUCAUUAUCGCCAUGUCAACCAUUUUCAUCAUGGCCAUCGCCAUCGUCCUCAUUAUUAUGUUUUACAUCCUGAAGGCCAAACCCAGUAGCCAGGCAUGUUGUUCUGGACAAGUUGUGAAGGCAGUGGAGGCACAGACCAACAAACAGGAAGACAAGAAAGAUGUCCCUGACAACGUGGUUAUCUACUCAGAGAAAGAUGAGUUUGACAAAUUAAAAGCUCCUCCUCAGAAGACGGUGAAAAGUGAAAAUGACGCAUCAUCAGAGAACGAGCAGCUGUUGAGCCGGAGCAUUGACAGCGACGAGGAGGCGGCAUCAGAGAAGCAAGGAUUAGCCGACACCAACAACCCUAACCUGUGCCUCGUCAACCUGGGAAACAAGCCUGACCUUUGCCUGCUGUCUCUGGGCCUCUUGGACCGCGACCGAACCUGCAACGGGACACCCACUAUUGCAGCCGGCCAGUCCAGUCCCAACCACAUCACCAGUCCCAACCACGUCAGCAAUGGGAACCCAAUUAACAACAACAAUAAAACCCCAGGGAUGCUACAGAGUCGAAGGAAAAAGAUCCUGGAUCUGUAUGCCAGAGCCUGCAAUGUGACAGAGGGCCUGAGCCCCACAGAGCUUCCCUUUGACUGUCUGGAAAAGGCUAGCCGAAUGCUGAGCUCCUCCUACAGCAGCGAGGCGGCUGUGGUAAAGACGUGGAGGCAUCUCGCCGAGAGUUUCGGGCUGAAGCGCGACGAGAUCGGUGGCAUGAGCGACGGCCUGCAGCUGUUCGAGAGAGUGAGCACGGCGGGCUACAGCAUCCCUGACCUCCUGACCCGCCUGGUACAGAUCGAGAGGUUGGACGCCGUGGAGUCGCUCUGCUCGGACGUGUUGGGCACCAGCGAGAUGGCGGCGGCUGCCGGACGGCAGGGCAUUAGCAGUUUUCACAGCCAGUUGGUCUGUCCAUCCCAGUGUUCAUCCCCAUCCCAGCGCUGUGCCAGUGUCUAAACAUGUGGUGGAGCAGAGACUUCAGAGACUUGGGGUGCCUUACAGUAUAUGUAUGUAAGGACAGAUACUGCUCUGACAAGGAGGACUGCACAUAUACAGUAUACACCUUACCACCAUCACAUGAAGAAUGUCAGUGGACUAUCCCCGUGCACAAUGUUUUUUUUGCUGUUAUGGUUUUUCAUUGUCAAAAAGCUAGUAAUAAUUUGUAUGGCCUUCAUUCAUUUGUCCUUCUAAAGUGCUGCAGAGUUUUAAAAAAGCCAUAAAUCAGUCACCAAAGAUUAAGAUUAUUCUCAAAUGCUAGAUUCACUGCGCUGGACGCAAUAACAGCUUUAACAGUGUUUUAUUCAAAAGUUUUGAAACUUUCUUUUUAAAAAUGGUAUGAAAAGAUGAAACGGUGUGCUGAUGAAAACGGUCACUGAACAGCUCUACUGCAGGAGUGCCAAAUAAGUGUCUUUUUCUCGAAGGCAUAUCGGUGUAACAGCGCAUUACAAGUGGGAGGAAUGAGGAUGCUUUCUCAGUUGUCCUCUCUCUGAACUUUCUGAUCAGGACCAAAACCUUCUGGUUAAUCCCGCAGCUGACACAACUAGAUGUUUGCAUUCGUAUAAAGAAAGCAAUCUGGUUCGACCGCAGCAUCAGUUAACAUUCAUAACUUUGACUGUACUGUCAUCGUACAGGAAAGACAGCAGAUAUGAGCUCCACUACUUGAAGUGCAAUCACCCGUGCCCAGCUGGAAAUGCUAAAACAUUUGUUCAGAUCAGCUUUCUUCCGGUAAAACUUCUGGCACUCGGGAACAACCUCCUCCUGUGUUGCCAUGUUACCAGCAUACACACAACAGCAGUCAACAUUACAGAAGACUGACUGAGCACUUAAAACACACUGAAUCUUUUUAGGUGUUCGGUGUUAAUCCCACACAAUACAUGAAUGCAGCGUUACUCUGCUGCUCGUGCCUCUGCCUUAACACACGUGUAAAUACACUUUCCCCGACUUGAGCAUACACAGGCUUACUGCAAGUACUUCCUCGGCAGUGACCCAGUCUGUGACCCUCCCCUCAUAAUUCUUCCUCUCCCCGCUUUUUCCCCUUUUACCCCAAUGCUGCGGUCUAGUGCUGCCGCCAGCCCUAAUUAUUUGGCGUGUGGCUCUCCGGGCCCCUAAUAGGCUAAAGUGUUGUGGUUUACAGAGCGGGUGCAAAGUGCCUGUGAUUUCCAGCACCCAAUUAAGCAUUUAGGGCCACUUAACCACUGAAAGCCCAGUGGAAAAGCUGUAAAAACCCUGCAUUAAAAAAGGAGAGAUGCCACGGCAGAGGCAUGACUAACCGCCCCUGGGGUCGCUGCACUGUGAACGGUGCAAGAAUGCAGCCAGUCGUGGUGGAAGCAGCGCUACGGUCGUCCUAUAACGUCUGACCUUACUCAGCUUUUGUGGUCGACUCAGUCAUGCUCAGACAGGAUUUAAGCUCCCCUCUCCCCUAUGGGACCAAUGUGGCAAAUGAGAACAAUAUGCAGUUGUGUGGGUUGUGCUCUUCUGACGAGCAGCUGAAGCUGGUUAACGUACAGAGACUGGGGGUGACUCCGGUAAGCAUCAAGUCAAACUCUGUGAGGAGCAUCGUGUUAAUGCUCCAUUAAUGGAUGAUGUUAAUAGAUUAGAUGCUGUAGGUCAGUGCUCUUUGCCUAGCUUCAAAACUCAGUGGUGAGCUCCAAAAAAGCAAUUCCAUGAUUCUUUCAUCUAAUUUCUUGAGAACAGGACUGAUUUUUAUCUGAUGUUGUCAGCAUACUGUCCCAUCACUGCUCUUUGCAAAAUCAAACACAUGACCCCCUGCUUAGUUCUUCCUCUGAUGCUUUUUUUGUACGUAUACAUUGCAAACUCUGGAGCGGGUCUCUGGUACUUUAACUUAAUUAAUGUGCAUGUUUAUCAGGCAUGUAUUUGUGACUUUCUUUCAUAUCUCCUGACAAGGCAAAACAAAAAAAAAAAAAGCUCAUAUUUUAAUGACAGGGUUGUCUUCAUCAAAUCCAGUUCAAAGCAGUUUGUUCUAGUUAUCUGUAUGAUGUUUUAUACUGUUGAACUUUUGUAAAUAAUCUAAUUGGCGGAUUGAACUUAAAUGAAAUGGACCCAAGCUCGAAAAAAUCGUGUCUGACGUAAAUGAUGCUGAUAGGAUGACACAGAAGCCAAACAUGAAUUACUUACCUCAGUAGCACACACAGUAUAGUAGAACAUGUAGAAACACACACACACACACUCAUCACCGAAUCAAAGUAUAACUGUAUAUAUAACUUAUUAUUGUACAUAAUGUAUACAUUAAUAAAGAUGU